AAUUUUUGUGAUCCAUGAUGGUUGUUCUACGUAUUUCUACAUUCUGCCUUUUCUUUCUGCUUUGGUUCACAAUUUGUUUUGCUGCCGAAGACUGUUUAAGGCUUUAUAACUUAACCAGCAAGCAGGUGGAAGACGUGCCGCCAUUCUUGCCUUUCUCCGAGGUUCCCCACAACAUCAAAUGCUACAGCCGCUGCAUAGCCGAUGAAUACUUUGGCGAUGAUGACAAAAUCGACCUGAAAAAGUUGGAAAACCGAGCCAGAGAUGAUGAGAAAAUUAUUUUGGCUGAUUGUAAACAGAAGUACGAUGACGAAAUCACUGAUCGUUGCGAUUAUGCCUAUCAAAUAAUUCAAUGCUUGUACUUAGGUAAAAACAACUAAGCGAUUGCGUCAUAAUUGUUGAUUAUAAUUAAUCGCUUUGUAUAUUAAAUGAAUGAAAAUAAUGAUUAUAAAAAUAAUAUUUAA